AUGGACGCCCUCAGCGACGAUUUCUCUUCCACCGUCCCUGAUAUGGGCGCGUACGUGGACGCUCAAGCGGAGUCGAAGACAGUCCUAGACGCAUACCGAGCAGCGAGCGACGAGGGAGAAGAUGACACCCCAGCCUUCUUCAAUACUGUCCUAGAGUCUCUUCCUAAGGAAGGCCAAUUGACUAUGAUGAAGGAACUUGUGCUAUUCAAGAAAAACUUCGAGUCAAUCCGUCAACUCAGACACUUCUUCAUGGAUGCAGUUCUUAAGGCUAUGAAGCACGGGUUUGUCCAUUCAGAGAUCUCGCCAUCUCCACACCCAGAAGCGGAGCCCGGUAUUGAAGAGUGGAAGCGGGUGCUGGCCGAAGAGCCGCCGGCGAGAUGCUGCCGGGAAGCGCUGAAGGAGCAAUGUCUUCGUCGAGAUCGAUUCCGGUGUGUCAUCACUGGAGCCUUCGACCUCCCAUCAUUGGAGCGGGGACGCACAGCCGCAGAUAACCAUUUCAUGACGGAUACGGAGUUCUACCGGCCGGGUGGCAAGCUGGCGAAGAAUCUUGAGACCUACCAGGCGGCUAUUAAGAAGGCAAAGGCGGCUGACAUGACUGUUAAAGGAUCUAAUAUCUUUAUGAUGGAAAUACGUUAA